CUGGUUCGAUAAGACCACUUGAUACCAGCAAGUCGAGGCGGUGGAUAUGAAAUACACUAUGACGAGGCUGUAACACUGUGAAGUCCAAUUUCACAUCUAAAAGAUACACAUUUAACUUAGUAGAAAUGAGUUGUUAACAUGGAAUCAUCAUCAGAUGACACAACAGAAACCAAGAGCAGCAAUGAUAAUAGCACAUUAUCUGUUAUAGAAGUCAUAGAUGAGACAUUACAUCUGGGUGACAAUGACAAAAGAUAUGGGUUCUCCAUCAUGGGAGGAGUGGAUGAAGGGUUUUGCCCCAGGAUUGAGGAUAUUGCUGAAGGGUCCCCUGCUAACAGUUCGGAGCUGGAGAUCGGAGAUGAAAUCAUGAGCAUUAAUGGGAAGAACUUGACCAAUUGUUCUCACCUGGAUAUCAUCAAUCACAUUCACAAGUGUAUCAAGUCAAGGUCUAUUUCACUGCGAGUAAAAAGAAAGAAAGAUCUCAACAAUUUGAAUGAUCGUUCCAAAGUAAAAGAAGCUUAUGUGAUAGCAGUAGAAGAUGAAGCACAACAAAGAUUGGAAAAGCUGUCACUACUUCAUAAAGUGCAACCGGUUGAUAUGACAAAAUUAGCUUCUGAUAUAAGUGAAAAUUCAUCAAUCAAUUCAGAAAAUUGUGUAGAAUUAAAUCCUGUGAAUCAAACAACUGUAUCUGUACAAACCCAUACGCCUAAUGUUACUAAUGGAUAUAUUGAAAUGACAGAAUUAGGAAGCAUGGAAAUGGAAGCAACUAAAAAACCCAAAACAGAAAAACGAAAGAAAAAUGCAAGUAAUCAAAAUUCUGAUCAGGAUUCGCCGAUUUUAGAGGCGAUUCAAAACAGUGUAUUUAAUGCAAAUGAAAGUUUUAGUGAUUCAAUGCAAGACUCGUUUGAACAGGAGGAUAGCACGCAUCGGGAAAUGGCAAUUGACUGUCCAGACAAUUUCAUUGCUUCUGUGAAAAUUCCGCCCAAAUACCCUCCAUCUUAUCAAAACUCCACAGAAUCCUUAAAAACACCACCAACUACUCCAUCAAAAAGCUUUCAUCAAAAUGAGGACAAAAAUAUGACAGAUUCAACAUUGAAAUCAGCAUCUGUCAUCAUGUCAAAUGGACGUCAAAAUCAUUCUAUAAAUAAAGAUCAGUUAGAAAGAUUACAUAAACAUCAAGACGAUUUACGUAAACGCAGAGAAGAAGAAAAUAGACUGGCAAGAGAAGAUGAAUUUCUACGCACUUCAUUGAGAGGAUCUAAAAAAUUACAAGCCUUAAAAGAAAGGAAACAAAUAGAACCACAAGGGUUUAUCAACACUGCUUAUGACAAUAGUGUGGAUGAUUUGGAUAAUUUAGAUGAUGGUUUUAGUAGUGUUCAUGGACCUUUCGAAAAAGAGAGAUAUAUGAAGAAAAAUGUUGGACUCGACGACUUAUUCUCCUCUCUACAGCACAUCAAGACUCAGCUCAACUCAACUGAUGAUAAAAGCCAGAUAUCAAUUAUCCAACAAUUGUUUAAUAAUAACCAAUUCAGAAAAGCUGUCCAAGUACACAACAAGAUAAUUCAAGUGACUUCACGCUCAGCUGUGUACUCACCAGAUGGCAGCAAUGCAUUACAGACGUCCAAUGAAGUAAUGACCGUGCUACAACAUACACCUUCACCUUAUGCAAGUGAUCUAACAGAUCUGCUCUCCAUGCCAGGUUUUAAAAACUUGUUACGAGCACAUGAUGGAGUUGCAGACCACCAGUCAAAACCUUCAAAUCUUGGAGAUGAAGAUUACAGUGAAGAUCCCAUUUCAAAUUAUGGAGAAGAUACAAUUAGAAUUAUACACCUUGAAAAGACAAACGAACCUCUGGGAGCUACAGUUAGAAAUGAAGGUGAUGCUGUGGUUAUUGGUAGAAUUGUUAAAGGUGGAACUGCUGAAAAAAGUGGCUUAUUACAUGAAGGGGAUGAGAUUUUAGAAGUGAAUGGUAUAGACAUGAAGGGCAAGAAUAUCAAUGAUGUAUCAGAAAUGCUGGCAAAUAUGUCAGGAACAGUUACCUUUAUGAUUAUACCCAGUGGAGACUUCAAACCUAAACUAAGCAGUGAUGAAGUCUCAUAUUUUGGCCUUGUAAAUGUAAAGGCCCUCUUUAACUAUGAUCCAGAAGAAGAUAUUUAUAUUCCGUGUAGAGAAUUAGGAAUAUCUUUCAUGAAGGGUGAUAUACUACGUGUGAUCAACCGUGAAGAUUUGAACUGGUGGCAAGCUUACAGAGAGGGAGAAGAUGAACAUGAAUUAGCUGGUCUCAUUCCUAGUGGCAAUUUUUUAGAACAACGAGAAGCAUACAAAAGAACAUUGAAUAAUGAUGGUAAGGAUAAUACGAAGAAGGGAAAAUCAUGUUCUUGUGGCAAAAGAGAAAGACGGAAUAAAAAGAAGAAACAAAUGUAUAAAGAUGGAAUGGAAGAAACAGAGGAAGUGCUAACAUAUGAAGAAGUAUCAUUAUAUUAUCCUCAGCCAAAUCGUAAAAGGCCAGUAGUUUUGAUUGGUCCAGCUCAUGUUGGUCGUCAUGAAUUACGGCAGCGUUUAAUGGAAUCUGAUUUUGAUAGGUUUGCAGCAGCUAUUCCACAUACAAGUCGACAAAGAAAAGAAAAUGAAGUGCCAGACCGAGAUUACCAUUUUGUUACAGCAGUGGAAUUUAAAUCAGACAUUGAAAAUAACAAAUUCAUUGAACAUGGAGAAUUUGAGAAAAACUUAUAUGGAACAAGUCUAAAUUCUGUCAGACAAGUGAUCAAUCAAGGCAAAAUAUGUGUGUUGAAUUUACAUCCAGAGUCUUUGAGAUUGCUGAAGGAGUCUGAUUUGAAGCCAUAUAUUGUUUUUGUGUAUCCUCCAAACAUGGAAAAGUUAAGACAAAUUCAACAACAUUUAACAAAUGGUAUAAAAGUUAAGGAUGAGGAGUUACAGGACAGCAUAGAACGUGCCAGGGAAAUGGAAGACAAAUAUGGCCAUUAUUUUGAUUAUAUAUUAGUGAACUCUGAUAUGGAACUUGCAUACACAGAACUUGUUAACGAGAUAAAUAGAUUGGAAGUUGAGCCCCAAUGGGUUCCAUCAUCUUGGGUUGGGAGUCGCCUUGUAUUACAAUGAAUCAUAUGCAUAUAUUAUCAUCAUUUUAUUCAUAGGUCAAACAUGUAUUUGUCCUGCAUUAUUUCAUGUUUUUCUGUUAGAUUCCAUUGACACAUAACAAUAUCAUAUUUGUAGUAUUUAGAUGUGCCAUUAUAUUUUUUUUAGCCAGUAUAUUUUAACAAUUUGGAGUGAUUUAAUAAGAAAGUUAUACCACCAUUGAACACAUUACAAAAGUCGAAAGCACAAUCUGGAUAACAUAUGUACAAAAUGAGAUUUUUUUCUUUAAUUGUUUAUUUAUAACAUUAAAGAAAAAACUGCCAAUUGUAAUCAUGAGAAAACUGAGAUUUAUACACAAGUGAAUCAUUUGUUCUGAAAAGACCUUGCCAAAAUAAAGACAAAAAGUCAAAAGAUAACCAGAAAUAUUAUGCAGUUAUAAUAUUCAUGCUUUCAGCUUACAACUAUAUUAUACGAAAUAAGCGAGUCUUUACAACAUUUUUGAUUUCAAUUUUAUGGGGAGAAAAUACACUGGGUUAGUGAUUUGAAUAAGACAGCUACUACCAAAAUCAAUAUUAUAUCAUAUUGAAAUUCACACCUUAUAGUUUUUAAUCGUCAGACUAGGAACUAUUUUUUUUUUGUCAACAAAAACUGUACCUAAUCAUUAUUAAGAUCUGAAAAAUAUUUUUGAUUAGUAAUUUUUAAAAUCACUUUGAAUAGAAAUUAUUUAUUUGUAUUAAAGAAUAUAAAGAUAUAGCUCUGGUUAUGUCAUCUAGUCAGAAAAAUUAUAACAUUGUAUAUAAAAAUCAUCAGCAUUAUAUAUAACUAUAGACAGUGAACAUUCAUAUUUGGAAAAAAUUGUACAUAGCAAAUUAUUUAAAAAUUGAUUCAUUUCACAAAUGCUAUCGAACAAAUAGUUAGAUAAACUGUUAACGACUUGAUAUGUUAAUAAAUUGAAGAGAUAAAAAAAAAAAUGUUGUUUUAAAGGGGCACUAGCUACGAGUUAUAUAAAAAAACUAAAGUAAGAUUUUUUUUGUUCAAUCAAUAAUGAAGUGAUAUAGUGAAAUAAAAAUUCAAUAUAAGCAGCCAAAAUGGUUCAAUUUUGUCAAAUUAAGCGAAGAAACAUUGAUAAUUACUAAUUCACUUGCAAGUGAAUCAGUCGACCUCAUUAAAGCCGUAUUCAUGUGAACUUCAAUUUAACCCCUAGCUAGAGAUUGACAAUGCAUGCAUUGUACGUGUACUGGUUAUUUGAAGAAAAAGAAUGUCAAUAAUGAAAGUGAAACUAUGGUAAAUCAUUUGAUUACUAGUUCGAUCCAUUUAAAAUUAUUCUUAUAUAUGGUUAAAAACAAUGAGAAAUAUAUAUUUUUAAUCUAUAAAAUAAACUCAAACAGACAGUUAAAAAUCCAAUUGCACAUGUUGGUUUAGUCUAUUCAUAUCUUUAUUUAUGUUUACAUCGUUUAAAUGGUCAUCUGAGGUCAAAUCGAUAGUUAAUUAGAUGGCAUCUAGACUAAAAUACACACAAAACUAACCUACAUAUUAUCUACCCCAUGCUCUAUAAACAGUUUAUUUUAGACUUUUGGUAGUUUGAAUAAAUGUUUUACAUUGUUAUAAAUCAAAUAUGAGAAUUUGAGUCAAAUUGGUGACCAUGAAUUUGACAGCUAGUGUCCCUUAAACAGUACCAGAUAGAUACCUAUAAAAACCCUUGGUCAAAAUACUCUUGAUUUUAUUAAUGGGCUUAAAAAAAAUGCUCCAUAAUGUUGUUUCUUUUGCCAAAAUGAAUUUAUUUCCGACAAUUUAUCUGAUAAUUAUAAAAAUAUUUAGUAAUGAUUGAUUGACUGACAAGGUGUUGUUGCCUUUACAUAGUAAUUGAGAUCUUCCAAAAAAGAAUGAUGAACAAUUUUAACACAUGUUGGAGGAAAAAUAAAUUUGUAUUUUUUGAACGGUGUUGUUUUUAUAGACUUUUGUCACUAACAAAAUAGUUUAACUCUUAGAUUAAUGAUGACUUACCACAAUUAGAAUAUUUUAUAUGUGGAAUAAAGGCUCAGUUAUGAGUUAUUCUGUGAGGGAAAAUAUAUAGUAUUGAAUCAUUGUGACCAGGACAAUAAAACAAAGAAAACAGUAAUUUGGACAAUAUGUUAUCAAAAUACAAAAAAGGACACCUUAAAAUUAAUGAUGUUAAUAAAAAUCUUGAAUUUUCAUUUUUUUAGCACUGAAUCAUGUGAUAAAAAUGUAAAAUAAAUUGUUAAAAAUAUUGUAUUGUAUAUGAAGACUUCACCUUUGGUGACAUUCCAUUAAGAGGUUGUGAGCCUGAUAUUUCAGUUUGUUAUUUUCUAUGUUAGUUAUAUUUGUAUCAUGGUAAUGUCUUCAUCAUACAUUUUAUGUGUAUUUAGUAUCAUAGAAAGUUUUUGAGGUUUAGUUUUUGUCACACUAAUGUGUGAGAAGGUCUAUUUUAUUACAGUAAUUUAGAAACCUGUGAUAGGACUUGGCUCAUUUCUGAUAUUAUACAAACAUAUUAAUUUUUAUAUUGCUGUGAAUAUAUUUUUAGCAUUUUAGAAAUUUGUAGAAUCAGGUUAUAAAUAUUUUAUGUGCAAUACAAAUUUUAAAUUUUUUGUACAUAACAGUUGCUCUCUAUAAAUAAUUUCUUCUUAUCCAAGUAGCAAUGAUUAACAUAUAAAUGUGUUUCGUAGAACUAUUACAAAGCUCAUAAAAUGCUGCUUACUUUGUUUACAUAAAUAUGGUUGUAAAUUAUUCUGUAGAAAGGUUGUAUGGCAAAAAUAAGAUUGACAGAUUAUUUAUAUGCUAAGGCAGAAUUGUUAACAAAAUUUUACUAUAUAUAUACAACUUGUGAAGACAGUACAUUUCGAAACAUUCUUUACCGUUAUAAGAUUGGAUAAUUAAAAGGAAAAUCAUGUGCGAUAUAAAAAGGUGCUACAUGCUAUAUCUUUAUAUACAUUAUACAUUAUUCUGUAUAUAUCACAUUAUCUAAUUACAAGUAAAAUAAAUCCAGAAAUAUA